UUGGAUGGAAGAAAUCGAAAUCACUUCCCACACACCUGGUACUGCAAUACAAAGCAAUCAGCAUGAGAACAUUGAACGUGUAGCGCUGGAAAACAUCUCCUAUGAAUUGUUUUUUCGAGACUUUAUGCAACCGAACCGUGCCGUUGUUGUGGAAGGAAUUGCAACCGACUGGGAAUGCUUCCGGCGUUGGAUUGAUCGUUCUGUGGUGCCACCGAAGCUAGAUGUAGCGUAUCUGAAAGGGAUACUACCUAAUGUUCCUGUACCGGUAGCCGACUGUGGAAAGCAGCACUACAACUCACACGAGAAAAUUGAGCUAACGCUGCACGAUUUUCUGGAGCUUUGGGAGUCUAAUGACCAGCCGGAUUCGGUGCGUAACAGAUACUACCUUAAAGAUUGGCAUCUUCGUAGCGAACUCCCGGAGUUUAGCUUCUACCGAACACCGGCCCUCUUCACAUCCGAUUGGUUGAACGAAUAUCUCGUGGAAAAUGGGUCCGAUGACUAUCGAUUCGUGUACAUCGGACCGAAAGACACGUGGACUGCAUUUCACGCGGAUGUUUUUGGUUCGUACAGCUGGUCGGUAAAUAUUUUUGGCCGUAAGCUAUGGUAUAUGUUGCCACCCGGUGAGGAGCGAAAGCUGUUCAACAAUCUGCGCAAUCUACCUUUCAGUGUUACGGAGCAAACGCUGCAAGAUGCUGGUGUUAAAUUUUUCUCGAUAGUACAGGAAGCGGGAGAAGCAAUAUUUGUACCAUCCGGAUGGUACCAUCAGGUGCAGAACGUUGAGGAUGCUUUUUCUGUAAAUCAUAAUUGGUUUAAUGGGUGUAACGUUGGUACGAUAUGGAGUAAUCUUCGUGGUGCUUUGGCGGAUGUUCGGCGGGAAAUUGACGAUUGCCGCGACAUGGAUAACUUUGAUGACCACUGCCAGGUGAUGCUGAAGGCUAGCUUCGGGAUGAAUUAUGUGGAUUUUUUGACCAUCAUACAAUACAUCUGUGAUAAACGGUUGACGAGCCUUGAGGAUAAUAGUGCAGUGCAGUUGAUUGAUAAUUAUGUACUAGGAAGGAAGCACUUGAUGUAUGAUUUAAUCAUCAUUCGCAAUCUUCUUUUGGAGAUAAAGGAGAAGGAUUUGCUGGUCAGCUAUUGUGACCUGAGAGAAAAAGCCCUGUCUUGUCUGAAACGAAUUCAAGCUGUUAUUUAA